CCCUUAAAUGACAUAUUUUGUCAAUCUAAAAGAUUGACUACCAAUUGAGCCUUUCAUUUUUUGUAUAUAAACCCCACUCCAACCCAAAGUUUUCUUUCUUUGCUACAUUAUUUUUCUUUCAAUCACUUUGAAACAAAUUACAAAAACAAAAAAACAAAAAUGGGUUUUUCAGAAUCAGAUUCAACAAAUUGCAGAAGACAUCCAAAUCCAAGACAACUUCCAGGAAUUUGUUCAUCAUGCUUAAGAGAAAAGCUAUCAAAUCUCAGCAACUCCUCUUCCUUCAACAACACCAGGAAAAGCACCACUUUCAUCUCUUAUUCCUCCUCUUUCGCUUCAUCGCCGCCUUACUCCACCGCCUCCUCCACCUCCACCACCACCACCACCACCACCACCACCGCAACAACCCGGAAAUCCCCGGGUAGCCGCCACCGAAGAAACGGGUCGGAGGCGUACGUUUCGGUAGGGAUGGUAUUAAACAACGGGUUGAAGAAAAGCCGAUCUGUUAGCUGUGCUCCUCUGUCAAAACACAGUAAAAUUGAUUGUGUUAAUUACAGUGAAAAAAUAAUUGGUGGGAAAAUUAAGAACAAUUUAAUUGGUGGGAAGAUUCUAGAAGAAGAUGAUGGGAAGAAUUUGAGGAAGAAAAAUGGGUUUUUGAAGAAAUUGAUUCAUUCAACAAGUAAGAAAACGAAAGGAGUUUUGUUGACACACUCCAAAACUGUCAAAGAAAGGUCUUCGUCUCAUCAUAAUUCUUCUUCUACUGUUGCUGCAAUUACAAAACAAUUUUCAUAAUAAUUAGGUUUUUUAAUUACUUUUAUAAUUCACUUUUUUUUCAUUAACUUUGGUUUUUGUAAUCAUGGUUUUUUGUUUUUUGAAGGAAAAUUUAUGAUCAUGGUUAUGUACAUGUAAUUAUGCAUUUGUGUAUCCAAAAAAGGAUUAAUAUAAUUUUUAAGGGGUUUUCCCCCCCUUUUCUUGUUUGGUUA